CUCGGGGGGGGGACUUGGGGACUCUUUUGGGUUGGUUUAUUAUUUUGUGGCACGGUGGGAUGAAGUAAAACAGCUGGAGGAUGAUGAUGGGCGAUCAGUUUCGUGGUAAAGUCGAGCAGUACUCGCCAAAGUCAUCGCCGAGGGGUGCACGGUCACCGGUGGUAUCACGACAGGACUCAACGGGAACAUUAAAAACCACCAUUUCACUGGGAAAGAAUCCGUCAAUCGUCCACAGUGGACCCUUCUAUUUGAUGAAGGAACCGCCUGGGGAAAGCGAUUUGACUGGAGCCACCAAUUUGAUGGCCUAUUAUGGCCUUGAACACUCCUACAGCAAGUUCAGUGGGAAGAAACUCAAGGAGCAGCUGUCCUCGUUUCUACCGAAUCUACCUGGGAUCAUUGACACUCCUGGAGAUCAGGAUAAUAGUUCACUGCGUUCUGUAAUUGAGAAACCACCAAUAGUGGGUAAGGAGCUACUCCCCCUCACAAGUGUUCAAUUAUCAGGCUUUCGUCUUCACCCUGGACCUUUACCUGAGCAGUAUCGAUACGUUAACCAAGCGCCUCAGAGGAAGCACAAGAACAAACACAAGAAACACAAACACAAACCUGGUGAAGUGCCUGCUGGCCAAGAGAUAGCGGCCACUGACAUAAGUGGUGCUGAUACACACGAGAAGAAACACAAGAAGCAGAAGAGACACGACGAGGAGAAGGAGGCGAGGAAGAAGAGGAAGAAGGAGAAGAAACGAAAAAAACAGAAACACAGUCCUGAGCAUCCUGGUGGUUUGACACCCUCUCAGCAUUCCAACUCGUGAUCCAUAAUUUUUACAUCAAAUCGUGAUCACUGGAAUCAACGUGCCGUUAAUGGACUAACUAUGUUUUAACUGCCUUAUUUUUUCCCCUUGUAAUUUAUUAUUCCACCUGGUUGAUGGAUUCAUGGAGAAUCUGAAUUUCUGUAUAUCUAGCGGCCAAUUGGGAUUUACAUGAAAUUUUUUCCGUUGAGAAGAAUUUGAGGUAGGAAAAGAGAAAACAAUUAGAAACGUCGAAGACAUAUUUUUUUAUUUCUAAAAUGAAGAAAUUGCAGCUCAUUUUGAAGAAAUAUGUUGUCACGAUAUUCUUCGUUUUUUUUUCAUUCGUAAACUUCUAAAAAUGACCUGUGUAAAGGGUCGUUUUGGAAAAUUUUGGAGUUCUAAUUGGUCAGUGACAUCUGAGACGUGAAUUUAACGAUGAAUGGUGAAUAUUGCCUCUGGGUUUCUACGAAUUGUUUUUACCAGCCAUUCAGAAUGAUCACUUGGUGACGAAUAAUUUUGCAAGAUAAUGCGGGGGAAACUUGAAUAUAUGAAUGUCCUGAGUUUAUGGGUUUAGACGAAAUAAUUAAUAAUGCGGAUUCUGCUCUAUUCCAAAGAUUCUGCACACUCAUGUAAAUAAAUUAAAUAUACAGCGGUUGGCAAUGUUAUUUGAAAGUGAAUGUAAGAAAAUUGAGGAAUCGUCAUAAUGUUAUCGAUUUAAACGAGUAGUAUUUAUAAUGCAGACAUGAAUAAAAAUAGUUUAAUUAUAAAA